AUGGUCAGCACCAGACGAGAUACUCGGUCCACUAAAAAAGUUUCAGAAUCGUCUUCUCUACUACAAAGAAACUUGUCCUCUGUUAAAACCGAAGAACAACAGCUUGAUGAUCCCACACAAAAUUCUAGUAAAAGAGCAGGACAGACGACGUCUGCAGCAAGCAAAAGAAGCUCGGCAUGUCUUGAUACGCCACCAACACUCAAGACCGAAGAUCCUUAUUCGGUGACGCAAACGGAGAUUCCUGCUGAGAAGAAGACACCCGAGGGUUCUCAUGAAACUGUAGAUUUAUGGCGUGGGAUUGCUGUGGGAAGGGAGGUGAAAGAGUUUCUCGAGGCUGUUGAGCACUGCUACCCACACACAUUUCAACGGGUUCAAAUUCGUGUUACACGGUUUUGGUUGGGUAAUUUGAAUGAACUCCAUGUAGCCAUAAAACGUUUCAUGGAGUCAUCCGUGGAUGCACUGAUGGAGGAGGAGAUAACCGGAUUUCAUCAAGAUUUUAAAGACUUGGAGAGUUUAGGAUUCGAUCUAACGUGGGCCCACAAGAGGCUAAACAUGGUUGCUAGGCUCAAGUUUGGAAACGAGCCUUUACAUAAAGAGUUGAUGGCCUUAGAACAAUCGUUAGGGCCGCUGAAGGAAAGGGUUGAUGGAACAAGGAAACAGUUACUGGAAUUUCAUAAUAUGUAUAGGAAGGCAAGUUCAGAAUAUGAAGAUGCUACAAAAGCUCGAAACAGGAAAGCAGAGGAGGUGGCACAAGAGUUUGGACCCGACUUUGAUCGCAUAUUAAAGGAUCGUCUUGGUUUUGGUAUGCUGCCAAACUCCUUAACUCGCAUUGCUUAA